AUGAUUGAUAAUAAGAAUGCCCUAAUUAGUUGUAGCGCAUUUAAAGAGAGUGGUGUUUUGAAGGGAUGGUGCGAAAGAUUGCUGAUUUAUGAUUUAUUGAAACAAGUAAAAUUUAUGAUAGAUAGAGAGGUAUUGAGAUACAUAGACGUGAAGGGGUAAACUCAAAAGUAGUUGUUAAUUGAAAAUUACAUUAUCCAUCCUGUUGGUUUUCAUUAAGGAAAGUGGUCAAUUAAAUUUAAGACUCAAUAGGAAAUUGAACCGAGAGUGGCAAGGUUUGGUUGGACUAAUCAAUCGGAAGCCCUCCAGUGGUACGAUUACUUCAACGGAAAAUAUUUGACUUAGAAAAUCAAAAAAGAGAACAUGGAGAGGAAUCUCUAAGAAUGGGAUAAAUUUAUGCCUGAAUCUGAACGAGUGGUGAAUCAAAUAGUGCCUACGAUGGAUAUUAAACCAAGUUAAAUUUCAAGAAUGAGACAACUCAUACCAUUAUUACCACAAUUUUUAUAAAAUGAUAUUGAAAUUAUAUUAGAAAAUACAUUUGAAAAUUUAUAAGGUUUUUCAGACAUCCAUUCCUUUAAAGUGUUGCAUCAAUCUCAAAAUAAAGUACUCUAUCAAGAUUCUAAGGAUCCUUUGCAUAUGCGAUUCUUUCUGAAAUCUGAAAUGUCUCCAACCAAAAUAUUUGAUGAACUAUCAACACAUAAUUUCAUAGAUAAUUGGAGUCCUCAAGUAUCCAUCUACUAAGUGUAUCCGACUAAAAAAGACUGUGCUAUAAUCUAUACUGAAUUUGAUCUAAGCAGAAAUACAUAAGAGAAGAUCGAUGAAAUAGAAUUUGCAGGAACUUACAAUUUUCAGUAAAAACAAAAGCAAAACAUACAAAACGAAAAGAUAAGAUUGAUCUACACAUAGAAACACUUUCAAAUUGAUGAAAGUGCUUAUUGCAUUCUGAAAAAAUAUAUUGGUAAUGAAAUACAUCACAAUCAAUUUGAUAAAGACAGAAUCGAUGGGACUGAUGAAUAUAAAAUCACCAGAUCAUGUGUUCUAAUAUAAGCAUAAUAAGAUGGCGAUUACAAAACCUAAAUUAUUGAAGACAUGUAUUUGUAAUGCUAAAACGGAGAAAAGGGUGAGGAGGUUAUGAAACGAUUCCUUCUGUCAUUCUCAAACAUUGAUGAUCAAAUAUUAGAAGCUGAUCACUACAUCAAAUAGAAGACAGAACAUGUGCUUAUCAAGAAUGAGGAUGAUAUUGAGAACUUUCAAAUUUCAUUUAUUCAAAUAGAGGAGUAAAUACAUAGAAUUACCUCUGAAGAGCAUCAACAAUAAUCUAUCUAAGAAUAUCAAGAAAUAUUGAAUUUAAUCUAAAGUGGAUAUUACAUCCAACUAUCCAUCAAUAGAUAAUUUAAUCAAAAUAUUUUACCCGGAUUGGAUAAAUAAUUGGAAACCUCCAAGGAAGACGGCCAUUUCUUACUAACUAAAUAUUACGAACUUGACCCCAAGAAGGGAGGCUUAAUUUAUACUAACAAAAAAUUAGUCAGCGAUUAAAGAAGUGUCCUAUUAGACAUCAUUAAGAGGAUGGGUUCCAAUUUGUUAAGUGGCAAAUCUUUGAUGUCUGUCUCCUUGCCUAUUCAGGUCUUUGAAUCUAGGUCAUUUUUAGAGAGAAUGGCAAGAGCAUAAGGCCAUGCUCCCAUCUUUCUUGAAAAAGCAGCCUAAACAAUGGAUGUUAUGGAGUAGAUGAAAUUAACAGUUGCCUUUUAGAUGUCGAGUUUUAUGAUGGGAAUCUAGCAAGAAAAACCAUUCAAUCCUAUUAUUGGAGAAACCUUUGAAGGUAGAAUUAAGGGAUGUCCAAUAUAUUUGGAACAGACCUCCCAUCAUCCACCGAUAUCAAAUUAUAUCAUGUAUGGAAGGGGAUAUAAGCUAUUCGGAGCAUUUUGUCCUGUUGUUAACAUGGGAACUAAUAGUUUGGCAGGUGAGCAAUAAGGUCAUUCACAAAUUCUGUAUCAAAACACUAAUCUCAAAUUUUAUUAUCUGGCUCAACCAUUUAUGCUCUAUGGAGUUUUGCUUGGCUAAAGAAGUGUCAAUUGUCAUAAGAGGAGUUUUUGUUUCUAACCUGAACAUUAAUUGUUAAUGGAAAUCAUAUUUAACCCCAAGGACAAGUCCUCAAGCUUUUUUAGCUCCUCAUAACAAAAGAUAGAUGCUUUAGUUGGCAAAGUUUGUAAAGUAACUCCAGGAUGCAUUGAAAAAUGUUUAAAGGCUCAUAAAACAAAAUUCAGGAAUCAAGUUGAAAAUUCUACCAUAAGAGAUUCUAGACACUUACAAUUACUAGUAUCAAAGGUAGAUGGACAUCUUAUAUAUAAUUUGAUAAUGUUAAAUAUUGGGAUAUUGAUCUACACAGACCUUAUGUUCUCGAGUUGGAGUCGUCUCCAUUGCCAUCCGAUUGUCUCUAUAGAUUGGAUUUGUUAUUUAUGA